CACUGAGCCAGACUGAGGUGGGCCUGGCUCAGUGGGAUGCCUUGAAGAGUGGAAGAGCAGAAGAAACUUGUGGUAAACUCUUAUGCUCCAGUGAGUGGCUGCUUGGGUGAGAUUUAAUAGUGAUUCUUUCUCUUCAUAAACUUGUCAUUUACUCCUGUGAACUCUCCUCCUCCACAGUAGCAUGUGGGAACGUGCCUCAGAGGACACGGUGUGAAGACCUUCUUCCUUCUGCUGGAACCUGCUCUUGAGCUUUCUUUUCAUUUUUGUGUUACAGCUAGUGAAGCCAUGGCUAUCCUGUUCGCUGUUGUGGCGAGGGGCACAACCAUCCUUGCCAAACAUGCCUGGUGUGGAGGGAACUUCCUGGAGGUGACGGAGCAGAUCCUGGCAAAAAUACCUUCUGAAAACAACAAACUGACCUAUUCACAUGGGAAUUACCUGUUUCACUACAUCUGCCAAGACAGGAUUAUAUACCUCUGCAUCACAGAUGAUGACUUCGAACGAUCCAGAGCCUUCAACUUCCUGAAUGAAAUCAAGAAGAGGUUUCAGACCACGUAUGGCUCGAGAGCACAGACAGCCCUUCCCUAUGCAAUGAACAGCGAGUUCUCCAGCGUCUUGGCUGCACAGCUGAAAUACCACUCGGAGACCAAGAGCACUGACCAGGUGGCGGAGACACAAGCUCAGAUUGAUGAACUCAAAGGAAUCAUGGUUCGAAACAUAGACCUUGUGGCACAAAGAGGAGAGAAGCUGGAGCUGCUGAUCGAUAAAACAGAGAAUCUUGUGGAUUCGUCAGUCACUUUCAAAACUACCAGCAGGAACCUUGCUAGAGCCAUGUGUAUGAAGAACCUCAAGCUUACCAUCGUCAUAAUCAUCGUAUCAAUUGUCAUCAUCUACAUCAUCCUCUCGGCUGUCUGUGGGGGCCUUGCCUGGCCGAGCUGCGUGCAGAAGUAACUGGAGGCAGCUGGUGUUCGUCACUUGGAGAUGAGAAUCACAGGAGUGUGGAGAAGCAACCUGCAGGAUAACUCUGAGUCUUUCACUACUGACACCUCCUCUUUCUUCCAUCCCUCCAGGACUUCAGACUUUUUUGCCUUAUCACCCUAAACAGGCCCAGCUGGUCACUGCUUCAGUGCAGCGUUAGCCUCAAGCGUGGGCUGGUUUAAAUUACUUGAAGGGAUUAUUAUUAUUUGUUUCUUUUCCUGUCCCAACUCCAACCUCCCCAGCUGGGUGGGUGCUGUGUCCAGCCCCGGGGGGUUAUGUGCAUGCUCACCCCGUGUCCAUGUAGCUUUGCACUUUCAUGUGAGUGUGCAAGUGGAGAGCAGGAUGGCUGGCAACUGUCCGGCUGCGAGGAUGGGGCUAGGGGUGGUUUUGAGCUCACCUAAUGGGGCAGGGACGAGGUGAGGGGGUGUGUGAAUUCCCACUUCCUACAAGUAUCAGAGGUCCAGGUGCCUCUCCUUGCACAUCUGGCCUCAUGUGGUUAUGGAGUGUUCUAGCACGUGGAGGUUGUGAGGGUGAUGGUGGGAGUAAUGAGAACAGCUUUGGGCACUGCAGGAUGUGGGUGCUGCCGCUGUGUGGAGCCUCCCUUUUCCUGGAGGUCUUUGUGCAGGUGGUAGGAGAGGGUGUUGGGUCACCUCAGCAUUUCCAAAUGGCAAUGGCUGCCUCUUCAUCCUCUUCAUCCUCACCUCUUCCUCAUCUCCCCCCCCUAAUGUGCGCUAAACCGAUACGGUAAAGGAGGCGGUUGCAUAUAGUUAAGGUUGCAGUAAUCUAUAUCUGCUUUCUCACAUGUUUCUCCUGUUGUUCUUUUGAGGGUGGACUAAAAUGCGUACUAACGUCCCUCACUAAGGUGAAAUUGAGGGCCAAUCUGUUGAUCUGAUUGAUGAGGUGUCAGGUAUGUGCUGCUUGUGCCUCUGCUCUGCAGGUGAGCGCUGUGAGGACAGAGAAGGGUGGAAAGUUGGAGUCGAUGGAUGGUGACUUUCUCUAGGGGCUAGGGAAGAAAAGCUCUGUCAGAGGAUGUAGUAACGUGUAUUCCUCUGACAAGAAAAUAAACCUAAACCCACGGCUAAUAACCAAAUGUCAGGCCAGGUACGCUGCUGCUGUGCUACUGUCAGGGGCCAGAGGAUGCUCUGCCAGAUGUUGGCAGCUGUGAGCAUUGCAUUUCUGUCCCAGUCAGCCCUCAAGUCAUGGGGCCCAGCCCAGCUGACCAAAGCUGCUGUUGCCUGGGUGAAGGCUGCAGAGGCUGAGGGCUUGGGUCUCACAGGGGAAUAGAACUGAAAGCUCAUAGAAGCAUCAGAUGGGUGGUGCAGGAAGCUGUAUCUUUCUAGCCCAGGGAAGUGGCUUCUCGGGAUGGGAGGAAGCUGUUGAGGUGGGGAAGGGAAAGCUCAGUUUGGUGACGAAGCUUGAGCCCUGGGUGGGUGCCAUGAGUUCCUGGUGCCCUGCAACACAGGCUGGCCACAGGCAGGGUGACGAUGAGGAGGAACUGCUGCCUUGAGGCCUGUCACACUGAGCGGGGAGCUCUCCAGGAGAGUUCUCCUAUCGGCUUGUACACGUAACAUGGGAUUUACCUUCUAUGAGGCUGAAACCUGGCUGAGGGUUAUCAGGUCUCCAUGCCCAGGAAGUGCCGGUGGUUCUGCUCCGCACUGGGGUCUGUUCCUGUAACUGAGUCAAAUGUGAAGCUUAGAGAGAGAUUUCCUUCCUCCUGCCGCCCGCCGCAGCUCAGCGUGGGCUCUGCAUGUUCUAGGGGUUAUUGAUGUUCCCGUGUUCAUUUCUAUGAUCUGUUGUCUUCUGUACAAAUACUUUUUAAAGCAAAUCCUUCCUUUCCUUUUAAAGGAUGCACCAAGGCAUUAGUGUAAAAUCAAAAGUAACUUGGUUUAAAUAAAAUUCCUGUACAGAAAGCAGAUUUCCUUAGUUUUGUGAAAGGCGGGUGUAGCACUGAGCGUAGGGACUACUCUGUGUAACCAGUGAGUACCGGGGGGGUGCGUCACCUGCAGUUCCAGCCCGGUGUCACCCAUGGGGCUGCCUGGGGGGGUCACAGGGGCAAGUCUGGCUGUGAAGUGGUUUUGUGAUGGCCGUGAAAACCUCCCUGUGCUGGAGGGAUUCUGACUUGUGUUGAUGCAGGUUCCUGAGCCUGUCCUGACCUGACAGGGGCUCAUGUCUGGUGGUGGAAAGAAGCCACUUCUCCAUGUUGUGAGCUUGGGGCAUGUGUGAGUGCCCCAGGCUGAGGCUGGGGAGGACACAAUGUAAAUACCUGAAGGAACACACUUGGUGUGAGAACAGCUUAGAAAAAUUAAAGGAUAAAACUUAACCAUUGCCCUAAUGAGACUUUAAUAUCUUAUAGAGUUCGGGUUUGUGCUUAAUGUCCCUGAUCUGUGGUGAUGGCCCCAUCCUGAAGUGGGACAGCCCUUCGGGUGCUGGGCGUAUGGGAUUUGCAUUUAAAGUGCCCAUGAAUUCAGGCAGAAUGAGGCCCUGGUCACCUCUUUGCUGCUUCUCUUAAGCCUCUGGUCUGUCUAGAAACGUGUAACAGAGUCUGUAUUGCCGUAGAUAUCAGUUCCUUGGUUCUUCACAGCAGCAGUGUCACAGCCUGAUGCACUUCAGCUGUGAGAUAACCUUAAGUUAAACGCUGCACUCCUCCAGAAAGGUUUUGUUCUUUAUCUAGCAUUAAAUAGAUGUUCAGUGGCCAUCAAAUAGGAGGAGUUGUCCUGACUCAGGAGCCUGCAGGGAAAUGCUGGCGUGCUCUUUACUGGGGGCUGUAGCCCAAAGGUAAGACAGAAGAGAACUCAAUAGAUAAAACCUCUCAGAUCUGCUGCUCUUUGUUCUGUACAGGGAGAAGGUAAAUAAGUAAGUUCUAUAUGAUCCAGGUUCCAGCUUUACCACCAGGCCAGGUCCUGGAAAAGAACCUUCUCCAUAAAAAAGCGUAAACAGGGCAGUGUUGUAAACCUGCAAAGCUUCAUCAGGGAGUAGAGAGAGGCCUAUUUGUGUAAAGAGAGUUGUCUGUGACACACUCAUGGGGCAAGGAGGGGUUUGUGCUCUGAGAAUGAGCUGCUGUAAAGCUUCCUCUUUGCAAGUGUUGGUUCCUGUAUUUUGUUGUGCUUGGGCUACUUGUAGAUGUUUUUCUAAGAAAGCCAUGAACUGAGUGAGGGCUGUGAAUGGAGUUUUCCUUUUCCUGAUGAAAUCCAAGGAGCUUAAAGGUAAAUAUCAGCACUUGCACCACAUGAGACUCUCUGAGCCCUAUUUACCUAUGCAGAGUGCUAGAGGUGAAGUGCAGAAGCCAACUCCCGCAGGCUGGGAGCUGCUGCUCAUUCCUAGCACAAAACCAGUCCAUAGUCAGGCUCAGUUUGAAUAAAGCAGAUCUAUUUCA